UUUUCUUACAUUUGGAAAAUGUGCUGAGUUUGGAUAUAAAGCUAUGAGGGAAUGGAUAUUUACAUAUGUAGAAUUCACCACAAAAGAUUUACAUACGAGAAAAAUAAACAUCUGCUUUGAAAUCAUUGGCUAUUGGUAAUUCUCAGUGAAUCUCACAACAUUGGAACGUAAAGAGUGAUCUCUGUACAAAUGGUGGAAGUCAUUUCACAGAUUUUGUUUUAAAGAGACUUUUUUACAAUAAAAGCUUCAAAUGGAUGCUUGAAUGAACACAUAUUUCAUGUUUACAUUAAGUUGGAAGAAACAGUGAAAUUAUAGAUGGCUCAUAGGCUGCAAAAUGAAAUGGAAUGAGUACCUCUGACUGCGGAGUACAUUAUGGUAUAAGAUUUCUACAAAGUUGUGUAUGAAGAUCAGAAAUCUGUCACCAAUGUCUAGUGGUGCCUUUGGAGGACGGUAUUUUAUCCACAAUGCAACAGAACAAGAAUCGGAUGAUGCAUAUUUCAGUUGUACAUCUGGGGAUGAUUGCAAUCGAGUGAAUAGUUGUAACGGAAUAACCUCUGAAUGUCAAACUAGCAAAAUGACAAAUGGAACAUGUUCUCCACCAGAUGAUGGUGAAUGUUCCCUAGAACAGGUUACAUGCAUGAAUGGUGCUUCGCCAGAUCGAGUAAAAAGGAGAUCAUGUACGCGGCAAAAUUCGUCAAUUCCAGGUGAAAAAUAUUUGUGUCAGAAGGACUCUAAAGGACUUGUGUCCAGAUAUGAUGUUCGGAAUCUGGAGUUCAUGUCUGCUGAUUGUUACCGUAACGAUGUUCCCUACAGACAAGAGGAAAUGGACGAUGAGGGAAGUAAAGAUUCAAAAAAAAAUUCAGAAUGCUCAAAUUUAGAAACUGAGACACCUUAUCAGCCAUCCUGUGUUGUGAAUUCUUGGGGACAUUUUUCUCAGUGUGUGAAAAAUCGGUACAAAUAUCGGCGAAGUGACUACUCGAGUGAGAGUGAGGAAGAACAAAGUGUUCCGCAGUGGCCAAACAAAACGGAGAUCAUGCAGCCUCAGAAGAGUCACCUCCCAACGUGUGAUCUUAGUACACUGACUCCAGUGUUAAAACCAAAGGAUGCGGGGAAAAACGAAGUCAUUAAAAGUAUCACAUCGCGUACAAAAGACGGCAUCAAACCUACUGUAUUCAAAGAGAAAUUAGCAACAAUUCUUCGCUGGUUUAAUGAAUUUAAUGAUAUCCAGAAAAACACACUGAUCAGUCGGCUCCUGAAGGACUGUGAUUUACCCCAGAACCACCUUCUGUCCGUCAGGGUGUCCUCACAGCUACACAAAGGCUGCCCCCCAAACUGUCAGGACAUCAUCACCUGGCUACCAGCUACCAUAGCAACCAAAAUCAUGUCUUACCUGGACCCUGUUAGUUUGUGUCGUGCGGCCCAGGUUUGUCGGGUGUGGCGAUACAUUACUGAGGAUCCUUCUCUGUGGAGAAAAUUCUGUUGUCAACAGACAUGGAGGCUUUCUAAAGCAGCAGAACACAAACAAGUCAUCAGUCACAUGACCGGAGGCAGCAUCAUGUGGAAGAAGGUUUUUGCUGAGCGAUUCAGACUCCGAAACAACUGGCUGAGUGGGCGUUGUACUGUCAGGACAUUUGAAGGUCAUUCACAAGGUAUUUCCUGCGUACAAUUUGAUGACACCAGAAUUGUCAGUGGGUCUUCAGAUAAAACCAUUAAGGUGUGGAACAUCCGAACUAAUGCCCAGUGGUCAGUCCAAACAUUGGUUGGACACAGUGGAACAGUGCGCUGUCUUCACCUGGAAGGAAAACGAUUAGUCAGUGGCUCAACAGACAAAUCCAUCAAGGUCUGGGACUUGUCCACUCAGGAGAGCUGGUCCAGUAUAGCCUGUAAGGUGACCAUGAUUGGGCACACAGAGACCGUCAGGUGUCUACAGGUGGACGAUGAUAAAGUGGUCAGUGGAUCAUAUGACAAAACACUCAAAGUCUGGGAUAUCAGAAGUGGAGACUGCAGGAUUACUCUCAGGGGCCAUCAGGCAGCAGUAUUGUGUGUUCAUUUCAAUGACACCAAAUUAGUUUCUGGAUCCUGUGACAAGACCAUCAAGGUCUGGAAUUACGAGGGUGAGUGUUUGAGGACGUUGAUGGGACACCAGGAUGCCGUCACCUGUCUUCAGUUUGACUCCACACGGAUUGUGAGUGGCUCUCUGGAUUGUACCCUGAAGUUCUGGGAUAUCCACAGUGGGACCUGUGUGAACACCAUAGACUGGAAGGAUGCAGAGGGGCACACUGGGGUUGUCAGAUGUCUACAAGCAGACAGUUGGAGGUUGGUGAGUGCAGCAGAUGAUAAAACUAUCAAGGUGUGGAAUCUGGAGACGGGGGAGAGACUUGUUACACUGAGGAACCAUACUGACGGGGUGACAUGCAUGCAGUUUAAUGACUUCAUUAUCGUGUCAGGAUCCUAUGACAAGACAGUCAAACUGUGGGAUUUCAGCUGCUGUUAGCUAUCAGGGUCACAGAAAAAAAUGACAUAACUGGGGGAUUUCACCUGCUACUAGUUGUCAGGGUCAUACAAGAAAUGGCAUAAGUGUGGGAUUUCAGCUGCUGCUAGCUGUCAGGGUCACACAAAAAAUGGCCAAACUGUGGGAUUUCAGCUGGUACUAGCUGGAUUUAUAGGCUACUUCUCCAUUCGUUAUGAAGUAAACCACAAGAGAGAAUGUCGGAUUGUGGUAUUACUGCUGAUGUUAUUCAUCCAUUACACAGGCAUUAGAAAACUGUGUCAAUGGUAAUGAAUCACUAGAAGACCAUCUAUAUAGGGUUCUACAGCUAGUAUCAUUCAUUGGGAGGCAGCUGAAAGCAGGAGUGCCCUAGGAGUAGUGUAAGUUCAGAGAAGGAACUCUCUUGGUUUGCAGACUAGAUUCUUUUAGUUUGAACUGAAUUUGCAGUUGAAAGUGUCCUUGAGAAAAAUUUUGUAUGUAUCUUCAAAGUAUAAGAACAGGGUUUUUUGAGAAAGUAUUUUUAAGCUGUGAAAACCGUUUUAUUAUUACUAAGAGAAGAUUGUUAUGGAAUGAUAUCAGAUUGAUUUUGACUUUCAUUUUAAUUUGUAAUUUUAGCAUAAGAGUUGUCUCUCCUUUACAGUUGAUAGUUUUUAAUAUUUUUGAUAAUUGGUUGUGACGUACAUGAUUUUGUAUAUAAAUAGAUCUGUAAAAAGAGAGAGCAAACAGAGACUUCCACUUUCUGGAUUAAAAGUUUUUUGUUUUGAAACUGAAGGAGAAAAUCCAAAUCUGCAGGGAUUAUUUGUAUGUUAGCAGAUUUGUAUCCAUGGUUUAUUUAUUUUGAUCUCGUAGAUUUCAUGUGUUACCAUUUUGUAUUUCUUGGUUAGAUAGGUUAUAUAUGUUUUUUCAAGUUUAGCUAGUUUUCAAGUUUAGAUUGUUAUGUCCAAGAAUUUCAAGGAUCUCUUAAAAUUGUUUUGUGUCUUAUGUAUUAAUUCAUGAAUGAUAUGUUAAAAGUAUCUUAAAACAUACUGCCUAAAAAGGAUGUAGAGUGCAGAAUUCAUUUUUCCCCCAAGAAAUGCCAGGGAUAUACAUGUAUGUGCUAGAACAUGAAGAAGCAAAAAAAAAAAAUGCCAACAAACCAGACAAAAAUCGAACAAAACAAACAAAAUAAAUAAAACAAAGAAUGGCAUAUCCAAAAGUAUAAGGUAAUGAAUUGCAAUGAGACAAUGAAUAUUUUAUUUACAUCCCAUAAUUUAGAGUCCUCUUUGACCUUUGGCAUCAUCCUUGACCUUCAUAUUGAGGGAAAUUUUUAAUAAUCCUAGGAGAAAGAAAAAAAAUCUGAGAAAUAAUAAAUCUGACUUCGAUCAAGUCUGACAUUUGAUUUGCUUAAUAAUAGUACUGUAGGCUUGUAAUAAACUAGUUUCUCUAAUUUUUUAUAUGGAUUUUUACAAAACAUUAGGUUGUAGUCAUAUAGAGAAUGUUGUGAAUCCCACAUGUUGUGUUUGUAUUUUAUUUUUUGCUCAUUAAUACAGAAGACAAUUCUCAGUACAUUCUCUGUGAUAACCACAUUUACAGAAUUCUGGUUGUGAACUUGUGCUGUAUUGUAGUGAAUAGGAUAUUUACUGUAGGUUGUUAAUUGAAAUUGAAGUACCCGUGUAGUCUAAAUACACUCUUUAUUGAAUUUGUUUAUAGUAAUUUCUUUCUUUUUCCCUUGACAUCAUUAAUUUUCAGGAACUCAAGAAAAAUGUCCAAUGCUGUUAUGUUAUUAUGUAUGUGUUAAAAACAUAAUGUUGCUAAUAUUUAUUUUAUUUUCCUUAAUAUUUUAUAAGUUUUAUACUACUAAGUAACUCAAUUCUUCUGGAUUGUCAAAAACAUUGCCUUGAGACUAGAUUUUUGUAGAGUCUCUCAUAAUGGGAAUAUGAUGUUUUUCAUUCGUUUGGCUUAUCUUUUCUUCUGAAUUUUUAUUGCAUUUAUUUGCAUUUUAUUUGUAUUAAUGCGUUUUAAUGAUUUUAAUACAUGUAAUCAGAAAUUAAUAUGUUUGCUUUACGUGCACUUAGACUAUUGAUCUUCAUAAAGUGCAUGUAAAUACACAAUGCACUCAAAAGAAAAGCAUUUAAUUAAAUAAUUCUCCUGCCAUUUUGAUUGGUAUUAGUAUGCAUCAAUUGUCUAGUGAUUGUGAAAGUACAUGUAAUGUGUGAAUAAGCUGAGAUGUUGAAGUGUAGGACUGUAGCACAUUGGCCUGUAAAAGAUUUGGGGUAGUUUGCCAGCUGCCAGAUCUCAAUUCUUGGACAAGCUAGAGUUAUUUACAGUAAAUACACAUAGUAUUAGUUUCAAUAUUGAGAAUUUUGGUGACCCUCUAUAUUGAAAGGAAAAAGUAUAAAUGUAUACAGUUUCCAUUUCUGAAUUAGUUCAAUUAAUUCAUUUGCAUUGAAUUGUGAAUAGUUCAGUAUGAAAAUAAUGCGUUAUAGUGCAUAAUAAUAUAUUAUGGAUGUACAUGCAUCAAUUUCAUUUAUUGUAUUCAUAAGUAAACAAAAAUUCCUGACAUUUUAUAGAGCAUAAUCAAAAGAGACACAAUCUGUAAUUACAGGCAAAGUUAGAUUUCGUAAUUAGAAGAGUUUUAAUUACAUGACAGUGGCAAUGUCCUUGGAAGGGGCAAUGUUAAAGUUUUCUGAUGUGCAACAAUUGAUCAUGACAAUCUUUAGCCUUUCUUAUAUAUACACAUUAUUUUGAUGAGUACAAAAUUGGAAUUAAGUUUAUUAAUUAAAUAUAUUGGUUUCACAGACCUAAAAAUGUGUUCUAAAAAUGAGAUGUUUUUUCUCAUUAAUCACAUUUAUGUCAAUUUCCUAUGUUUUAAAUUAAGAUGUUUAAUUGAAAGUUAUUCUUGGGAGGAAACUUUAUAAGUAUUCAUCAAUGGUAUUUUUAAGGCUAACC